ACGUAACGUUACAGUAUUAUUAUUUUAUUUGCUUUUUUUUUUUUUUUUUUUUUUUCAUCCACGCGACUUUCUGAUCACGCCCACUGAGGAGACAGGAAGUAGGUCGUUUUAUAUCUUUAGUGACGCGAACUGCAUCGUCUGUGGAAAAGAUUUUUUUUUUUUUUUUUUAGUUCGGGUUCGGUGUCAGCGUGGAAAUGGGUCGCAGUGAGGAGCUCAGUGAGUUCCAACGUGGCAACGUGGUGGGAUGUUAUCUGUGUAAGAAGUCAGUGCGUGAAAUCUCGGCUCUGUUGAACCUGCCGCGGUCCACGGUGAGUCGCGUGAUCCUGAACUGGAAGCGCGGAGGGAUCACCACGGCUCUGCCCCGGUGCGGCCGACCGCACAAGCUCAGAGAGGUGGACCGACAAGUGCUGGAGAAGGUGGCCCUAGAGCAGUGUCUACCGUCGGUAGCCGCCGUCACUACAGAGCUGCAGAGUGUCACCGGAGUCAGUGUCAGCAAACGGACCGUCCGACGGGAGCUGCACGAGAUGGGCUUCCGCGGACGAGUACCGUCAUACAACAAGCUCAAAGUACCAGAAGUGACAAAGCUGAAAGAUCUGAAGACGCAGGACGAGCCCACGAGCCAGGAUGCAGGCCAAGUGGAGGUGAGCCGGCUGGACCUCCGCGUUGGAUGUGUCAUCACAGCCCUGCAGUACUAUCACGGCCUGUACCUACAGGUGGAUGUGGGAGAGGCUGCUCCCAGGACAGUGGUCAACCAGCUGGGUCAGCACAUCUCUGUGGCCCAGAUACAGAACCACAAGGUUGUCAUGCUGUGUAACCUGAAGCAAGAGGUGAUGAAAGAUGUUGUGUCCAAUGGUAUAAUCUUAUGUGCCACCUCACCGGACAAGGUGGAGAUCCUCGAACCUCCACCUGAAGCAUCUCCAGGAGACAGAGUUACCUUCCAGACCAUCACAGGUGAACCGGACGCAGAGCUGAACCCUGCAGAGAAGAUCUGGGAGCAGAUUCAGCCAGACCUGCAGACAGAUGCCCAGUGUGUUGCAACCUACAAGGGAGCUGCCUUGGAAGUUGUCGGCAAAGGGGUGUGCAAAGCCCAAACCUUGAGCAACAGUGAAAUCAAGUAAGCCUACAGAGUGAUUUGAAGUAGCUCA